AGGUCACGGUUACUGCAAGGGUUAAAGUAAAUUUCAUAUAAAAGGGAAAAGCGACAAAUUUGGAUCAUUCUCGUCGGUUGGUCCAACCACAAACAUGAGAUUCAUUUUGGUAGCUGUUCUGGCCGGCCUUUGCGCCGUUUCUGCGAUCUCAACGAGUGAGUCUAGCAACUACUCGCAACAACAGAGGGAUGUCUGGAGACUCUUCAAAUACAUCAACCAGCCAAGCUACUACAAGGACCAUGUCGAGAUUGCACACAGCUACUACUUCUACGACCAUGCCAGCAACUACGCCAAACACGAAGUUGUGGAAGAAUUCUACCGGUACUUCAAGUACGACACGUUCCUCCAACGUGGCGAAAUCUUCUCCGUUUUCCACGGCGAACACUUGAAGCAAGCCAUUGCCUUGUUCAAACUCUUCUACUACGCCAAUGACUUUGACACCUUCUACAAAACUGCCGUUUGGGCGCGACAACACGUCAACGAAGGCAUGUUCUUGUACGCCUUCUCCGUGGCUCUCAUCCACCGACCUGACACUUACUACUUCUCUCUGCCACCAAUCUACGAAAUCUACCCUCAUUACUUCUACAACUACGAGGUUAUCCAGAAGGCCCAACACUACAAACAGAUGUACUAUGGACAAGACGGCGCCCACUACAACGACAGGACCAUCUAUGCCAACUAUUCGGGAUACUAUGUUAACGUUUACCCUGAACAGGCCUUGGCCUACUUCACUGAAGAUGUGGGUGUCAACUCCUUCUACUACUACUACAACUUGUACUACCCGUACUGGAUGAGUGGCGAAGAAUUCAACUUGAAAUAUGAUAACCGCGGAGAAAUUUUCUACUACAUGUACCAACAAAUCCUAGCCAGGUACUACCUGGAACGUUUGUCUCAUGGUUUUGGCGAGAUUGAUCAUUUCGACUGGGAAGUACCUUUCGAAAGUGGGUACUACCCAUCAAUGUGCUACCCCAAUGGGCUUUACUUCCCCACCAGACACGCCUAUGCCCAUUUGUACGAAUAUUUCUACAACUAUGGACAACACUACGGUUUCAACAAAUACGCCCACAGCUACACCCAUAUCAGCGAUUAUGAGAGGAGGAUCCAUGAUGUCAUCGACAGUGGUUACGUCCAUACCCACUCUGGCCAAAAAGUCGACUUGUUCUCGCACGAAGGCCUCGACAUCUUGGGCAACCUCAUCGAAGGCAACCCCGAAUCCCCCUACUACCACUACUACGGAGCGUACCAAGUGUUCGCCCGCCACUUGCUGGGCUACUCGCACCAACCCCUCACCUUCCACAAACUCCACCCUUCGGCCCUCGAACACUUCGAGACCUCAAUGCGCGACCCAGCUUUCUACCAACUGUACAAGAAACUCCUCGGCUUCUUCUUCAGAUACAAGAGCCAGCACUACCACUACUACGACGAGCACGACCUUGCCUACCACGGCGUCCACGUCAAACACGUCGAAGUCGACCCCUUGGUCACCUACUUCGACUACUUCUACGCCGACCUGAGCAACGCCGUCUACGUCACCCCCGAGGAGUUCGUCCACGACAGCUUCAAGGUCCACGUCGCCCAAGAGCGCCUCAACCACAAGCCCUUCACCUACAAGAUCUACAUCGACUCUGACAAGGACACCGAAGCUGUCGUCAAAGUCUUCCUGGGGCCAAAAUACGACGAGUACGGACGUUACAUUAACCUGACCGAAAACUGGAUGAACUUUGUCCAAUUCGACCACUUCGUCUACAAGCUCAAGUCUGGGGAAAACGUAAUUUCCAGAAACAGCCACGAAAUCUACAACUACAUCCACGACAGGACUUCCUAUUACGAACUGUACCAGAAGGCCUUCGGCGUCUACAACAAGGACCAACACUUCCAGUUCCACGACAACCAGUUCUUCUUCGGCUUCCCUCAAAGGUACAUGCUGCCCAGAGGCUCUCCCGAGGGAAUGACCUACCAGUUCUACGUCUUCGUCACCAAGUACCACCCAUACAAGGCGCACGCUAGCGUGCCCAUGGUGGGGUCCGGCAUGCACUACGUGGACGCCUACCCCAUGGGCUACCCCUUCGACCGCCCUGUCUACUACGAGGAGCUGUUCUACGCCUUGCCCAACUCCUACUUCCAGGAUGUCAGGAUCUACUACCAAGGGCACAACUACGAGCAUCAUGCCAACCAUUUAAUCGAAAUGUAAAGGCUGAUUUUACGAUAACGGCAAUGUAUUGAGGAUAAUUCUAGAAAUAAAGUGCAACAGUGAUUCCAA